AUUCGGCAGCUCCGCUUGUACGACGGCGUUCCAGCAUCGCUGCUUGCACUGCCCCGUACCGUCCUGCACGGUCCCUUCAGUUGAAGGUCGACAGCAUGCACGGGUGCAUACCCACACGGUAUGACUGACUGACUGCUAUGAUGCCUCCGAACAUCUGGAGGAUGUAAUCAGCAGUUUGAAUGAGACUUUGGAAAGUGAGGCAGGACACGUUCCUUGUUUUACCUGUAGCUGUAGUAAUUCCAACUGAAGGUGAAUGACAACUAGAAUUAUAGAAACUCCGUAGGGAAGGCAGCCUUCGUGCAUUCCUGCACGGCGUAAGCUGCGCUUCGUCCUCGAAAAUGUCUCUCAAUGCACCUGCCAACCCCAAGGCGAAGUGGUCUUGGAAGAAGAGCAAAAAGCAAGAUGAGGAACCGGACCUGGAGGCGGAGUUCCGCACUGUGGAGGGCGAAGAAUUGGAGAACCUGAUGGAGAGAAUGUUUGAUGAUAUGAACUUGACGGAGGAAAUGCGGCGGCCACUCCGAGGUAAAGAUGUAUCCGGGAAGCGGGAAAUGCUUCGCAACUUCCACAAGAGGUCCGGGCCGAACCAAAAGCAUGGUCCGAACUUGCCGGGCGAGUUUGUAGACGCAAUGAAGGCGACGGAAAGACCGGCCCUCAUGCUGGAAUUAGUCACAACGCUGCGCGUAUCGCUUACAAACCGAGCGGUUAGCUGGCUACGGGACUUUUCCGACAAGGGUGGUCUGGAUUUACUGAUGUGUCUGCUCAAGGAGUGCCAAUACGUGCAGUCGAGUGUUCACACUCGCCUGGAGCACGAGUGCGUCCGGUGCCUGAAAGCCUUCAUGAACAACAAGCACGGUCUAAGCCAAGUGCUCGGCGAUGAGAACGGUUUGGCCACGCUGGCGCGGUCGCUGCAUCCCAGCAAGCCGCAGGUGAUGACCGACGUCCUCCGCAUCAUGGCCGCCAUGUCCCUGGUGCCUCCCAGCGGGCAUGACAAAGCCUUGGAAGCCCUCACGUUAGUGGGUGAGUUUCGGGAAAUCGGCCGCUUCUCGGUUCUGAUUGACGCGCUCCGCUUAGACCUGGAGGGCGCGAAAAAUCACUUACUGCAGCUGGCGUGUAUUCAAUUCAUCAACGCCAUCAUCACGACGCCGGACGAUCUGGACUUUCGGAUCCACUUGCGAAACGAAGUGAUUCGAGCUGGACUCGAUGAGGUUCUCGCAGGUCUCCCUGACGAGCCCGGUGAUGAUUUAGCCGUUCAACUGGAGGUGUUUGAGUACCAUCGCGAGGAGGAUGUUAACGAGCUGCAGGUGCGACUCGGUGACAUCCGCGUCGAGUUGGAUGACCCAUAUGAGCUGUUCAGUCGGCUACUGGCGCUGUCUCAGGACACGCCAGCAUAUCCACACUUUCUGUCGCUGCUCCAACACCUCAUUAUGCUGCCGAAUGAGGACAUUGUGCGAGCCCAGUACAUGAUCCUCUUCGAGGAGUUUGUAUCUCAAGUAACCUUAUACCAUGGUGGCAUCCAUCCCGACUUUGGUCUGCGCAAGUUUGAGGUGGACAUCGAUGCCUACCUGGAGACGGCUGUAACGAAGGCGACUGCAGAAGAAGCAAGCAAAAGAGCAGAUACACUCCUAGCUCGGAUGGAGGAGCAUGACACUGCUGCAUUGGAGAAAGAAAAGAAGCUGAAUGUUCAGAUCGCAGAGCUUAAAGCCUCACUGGAAAGAAGCGGCCGACAGCCUGCUCCAGUUGGCACCGCAACAACCGCGGGUACUGCACCCACUGCUGCCGAGCCAACGUCAGCGCCCUCAGCACCAGUUGGAGCGGCAGCACCACCUCCACCACCCCCACCGCCUGGUAUGGCAGGAGCACCAGCACCAGGAGGGGCAGCACCGCCACCACCGCCACCACCACCCGGUGCGGGUGGUGGACCACCUCCGCCCCCGCCUCCGCCCGGCAUGGGUGGCGCUCCACCGCCCCCGCCCCCACCCGGAAUGGGUGGUCCUCCGGGUCCGCCGCCUCCGCCCGGGAUGGGUGGUCCCCCGCCUCCGCCCGGGAUGGGCGGCCCGCCACCUCCGCCUGGAAUGGGUGGUCCAGGCGCUGGUAUUGGUAUUUCAAAGAGAAAGUACGAGCCGAAGGCACAGAUGAAACGACUGAAUUGGACCAAGCUUCAGGCGCGUGCCAUCAAGCCAGACUCGUUCUGGGCCAAGAUCAACGAGGACGACCUGGGAACGGAUAGUUUAUUCGCGUCGCUCACGACGACGUUCGCCUCCAAAGCGCCGAAAAAAGCUGCUGAAAGUGGCGAAGUGGUCGAAAAGCCGGUAAAGAAGGUCAAGGAACUCCGCGUACUGGACGCCAAGUCGGCACAGAAUCUGUCUAUUAUGUUGGGUUCAAUGCGGCUGGAUUAUAAGGUGCUCAAGAACCGUAUUGUCAUUCUCAGUGAUGAGCUAGAGUACUCGACCAUCACCAACUUGAUGAAGUACUUGCCACCGGAUGACCAGAUGAGACAACUGGUUCUCUUCCGCAACUCGUACGACACUUUAUCAGAUUCGGAACAGUUCUGUGUUGUGGUUGGCGUAGUCCCUCGCAUCAGCCAUCGACUAAACUGUAUGUCUAUUCGGCUCAAGUUCGACGAGGACAUAGAUGACGUUUUGCCCGAUAUCGAAUCAGUCAUCUCUGCUUGUGAGGAGCUUCAAUGUCAUUCCUUCCUCAGCGUACUGCAGCUCGUUUUGCUGUUUGGCAACUUCAUGAAUGCCGGAUCUCGCAAUCAGCAGUCGUUUGGUUUUGAGCUGAAUUUCCUGACCAAGCUGAGCAAUACCAAGUCCGUGGACAACUCCAUGAACCUGGUGCACUUCCUGGAGACGACCGUGUCCGAAGAGUACCCCGAAAUGGCCGCGUUUAUAUCGGACCUGAGCCACGUGCAGCAUGCUUCAAAGGUAUCGGAGGAUUCCGUUCAGAAGACACUCGGCACACUGAAGAAGUCUCUAGCGCAGGUCACCGGCGAGAUCAAGGUACACGGCGAGUGCAAAGAUGUCGAAGAGGGGGACAAGUUCCAGGAGCUGAUGAAAAAGUUCAUCGAGGGAGCGGAGACGAGGCUGGCCGUGGCCUCUGAGCGCUUUGAGAAGAUGCGCGAGAUGGUCGAGAAAGUGUCAACGUUCUUCUGCGUCGAUCUCAAGAAGCAGCCAAUUGAGGAGCUGUUCACUGAUGUGCAUGUCUUCAUGGAGAACUUCCAGACUGCCAAGAAAGAGAAUGAGAAGCGUAAGGAGAUGGAGCUGAAGAAGAAGAGACAACAAGAGCUCGAGAAAGAAAAGCAGCGGAAGAAGAAUGCGAAGGUUGCCAAAGUUCAGUUGGUCGACAUCAAUGCAGAGGGUGAUCAGCAAGGUGUGCUUGACGGCCUUAUGGAGGCACUUAGCUCUGGUUCAGCCUUCUCAAAGACUCGCGGCAACCAGGCCAGCGCGCGCAAGAAGCCCCGUGCGUCCAUGCGCAAGAGCACCGUGCACGUGUCAUCGGAGCCUCGCCUCUCCGUGGCCAGUGGCGGCGAUCGCAUCAUCGAGCGUCCGGAGGCCAGCCAGGCCGAGCUGCUGCUGAAGAACCUGAAGGGCUCCAACACCAUGAACUGAUCUCAGCCUGUGUCUGUGUGUGAGCAGGUUUAUUCCCCAGACUGUGCAGUCGCCCACAGUGUGUGUGUGUGUGUGUGUGUGUGUGUGUGUGUGUGUGUGUGUGUGUGUGUGUGUGUGUGUGCGUGUGAAGUAGCCUUGACCCUGCCAGUGCCAUGCUACAGCUCAGGGUAUGGCGUGCACAGCAUGCGCUACAGUCAACAGGAAUGCCCUCUCGCACUCCUAUUUAUUCCAGCCUAGUAGGUCUCGCUCUGCAUGGUGUUUUCCCGAGGUGCGCGGAUGCAGCGUGUUCCAAGAUGUUCUGUCCUUGUCUCAACCCGUACACAUCCCAUGCCUGAUAGUGGUGCUUUGCGUGCAGCCAGUGUACCCACUCAAGCUGGUGAUUUUGUGUAUGUACCAGCAGCGUAUGUCCCGAGCCUCGCGCCUCUGCACACGUGAAUGCCAUUGCACAGUCUUUUUGUUUAGGUAGUACCGCAGGCUGUCCUGAAUCCCCGAUCAUGUUGGUUGAAUUUGCGUUGCUUUGCCCAUCAGUGUGUCUCCGUGCAACACUGAUCAACAACAUAUGCUUGUGCGUUUGCAGCAGCUGCACCCUAGGAACUUCUUCUGCCCUGUUUUCAUCUCGUUGCUGUGUAUUUAGUUGUGGGCUGUUGUAACUGACGUUAGGUGAUUAUGUUGUACGAUGCUGUGACCCAUGUCCGAAGCUUGAUAUCCUUUACUGGACCAACUUUUGCUGGUCUUUCGCUGCGUAUUCGUAUAUUCCAAGUGCACACGGAGUGAGCGCACUUUGUUGCCGAUUGUGCACGUCUUGUACAUAAUGCAUGCCAGUCAGCACCUGGUCUUUCCACUUUUCAUCGUUCUUUUAGCCUCCCCCACUGACCAUACCAGCCGUUACUUCCCCCCCCCCCCCCCCCCCUCACAAUCUGCCCUUUGUGAAGAUCUAUCACAUAAUGCUAUCUACGCAUAUGCUAUCUAUAUAUUAUACAGUAUACUCGACUUCUUCUUCUCUUUCUAGCUUUGAUACCGAUGCAUCUCCCUUUUUUUCUGCUUCCGCUGGUCCUGUUCUCGUCUUUCUUCGCUUCUCAUUUCCCCGGUACCCGCUCUGGUUGCUAGUGUCCGCGCCUAGCGCCUCUCACAUUCCACUUGCGCAUUCGUGAACCUUUAUGUACUUAACCUCGUUCUAGUCAGCAAACUUACACACACGCCGUGCGCGCCGCCAUAUCGAGGCGACACACUCUCCUGUGUGUGUGUGUGUGUGUGUGUGUGUGUGUGUGUGCUCUGCAUUCACUCAUUUAUUUUUGUAUAGAACCAUGCACGCAGUGUAGAGCCAUGUGUGUGCUUCAUAAUUAUUAUGCCUAACACACUAACACUACUUUGACUGCUUUGUUUUGUUUGUGUAGUCGUCUCACACAGUAUUAUGGCGCCUUUCUCAGUUUUGCUCCUUUCUCUUUCUAUGAGAAGUAUGUGUAGUUGAUUACUUGAAGCUCUAGUUCUGUUUGGUUUUUUUGCUCUCCGCUGGGCUAUAAAUCUGGAAUCCCUGA